CAGUCACGUGAUUGAAUCAAUACUGCAUAAACACGCAAAAACAUAUUUGUUUUGAGAAUUUACCGGCUGAUUCGGAAUGUUUUGGUUUUUAACGACACUUUUGCUAUUACCAACGAUUAUUUUGCCAUUGUUCUAUUGGUAAGUUCAAGUAUCGAUGAUGCAUCUUUAUAUAUUUUACGAGCCAUAAAUUAUUGGUAAGCGUUUAAUGGGCGAGAAGAACAAUAACAAUAACAAGAGAGAAAGAGAAUGAGUUCGAGGCAGGGAGAGAGAGAGAGAGAGAGAGAGAGAGAGAGAGAGAGAGAAAGAUUAUUUAUACUGGCAACUUUUCACACGGCUAGUUUGCUUCCUUCCUUCCUUCCCCUCCCUAGUUCCUUCAUCAACAGUUUAAAAUCAAUUGAUUUACCAACAACACAUUCAUUUCUCUCUUUUAUCUUCUACUCACUCCUCCUCUCCAUUACCAAAUUCUAUUCUUUUGAUCAUUGUAUUGUGCUAUUCUCUGCAAGCUUUCAGCCUCUCUUUCGCAGCCCGCUGUAGAUCGAUUAUACCUCUAUUUAGCCUAUACUUAAACUAGAUCACUAAAAAUAUUGAAUAGGUCACGUAAGAAGAAACUGGAAUUUUUUGCGAAUUUGGGUAUCCCAUCACCAGCUGCUAAUUGGCUACUUGGUAAUCUAAUCGAUUUUAAAGACACGAAUGUUCACUUGAAAUUGAUGGAAUGGGACAAAAAGCUGGGGAAGAUUUUCGGUAUUUACGAAGCAAGCGUUCCAGUAUUAGUAACGUCAGACCUGGAUUUAUUACAAGAAGUAUUUGUCAAUCAAUUUCACGCGUUUCAUGGAAGAAAGCGUUUCCCCGUCCAACCGGAUGUAAACGACUCGAAACGGUGCAGUAUCUUUAUAACAGUUGGCAACAGAUGGAAAAGAUUGCGAAAUAUCAUUUCACCUACGUUUUCAACCGCCAAAUUGAAAAAGAUGUGGCCGGCAUUGAAAGGCUGUACUAGUUUGUUUAUGUCGAAUGUCGAAAGAAACGUAAAGCGAAAUAAUAAUGGCAAGGACACUAAAGAAGACACUAUUAGGAAUACGCCUAUUUUUAAAGAUGGUUGCGAAGUGGAAGUCUACAGGUCUUUCUCUAUCUUUAGAGAAAAAUCCGUUGCUAACGUUACAAUUAUUCCAUUGAAUUUUCAUUUCAGUUUAUUACAAAAGUUCACUAUAGAUACGUUCUUUAAAUUGGCUAUGAGCGCCGAUGUUGGAGCUCAGGGCGAUAAGGAACUUCCCGUUCUAGAGGCAUGUAGAGAUACGUUCCGUCGAACUUCGGCCAAGCACAUGUCCUUUCUCCCAAAACUAGCCCUUAUAGUUCCGGAGGUUAAAGGAAUAUGCCGAUUCAUAUUUCAUAAUUCAAAGAGGCCGAACGAAGAUCUAAUGAAAGCGUUCAAUUCGAAUAUUGUUGAACAGAGACGUAAAUUGAUUGCGAAGGGUGAAAGUAAUCAUUUUACGGACAUGGUACAGUUGCUUAUUGACGCGGAACAACCUUUAAAUGAUAAAGAUUUACUGCUUGAAGAUGAGAAAAAAGGAUUUGGUAAAAGUUCAAAGGUUUUAUCUUCAAUGGAAGUGGUUAAUCAACUCGUGCUAUUUCUGCUCGCUGGCUACGAGACUAGUAGCACAACAAUGGCUUAUGCCUUCUACUUACUCGCCUUAAAUCCAAAAGUUCAAGCAAAAUUACAAGAAGAAGUCGAUAAACUGGACGAAGAAGAGGCUAACUUUGACACUGUUCAAGAAAUUCAAUAUUUAGAUUGGGUUAUAAAAGAAACACUUCGCCUUUAUCCCAUAGCUUCAAUGGUAACUGCCAGAAGGGCAAUGAAAGAUGUUGAAAUUAAUAAUGUCAAGAUACCGGAGGGAACGUCUGUUUUGGCCAAUGUAUGGUCAAUACAUUACAAUCCGGAUAUUUGGGGACCAACCGACCCAAAGGAAUUUUAUCCCAAUAGGUUCAAUGGUAAAGAAUUACAUCCAAUGGCCUGGCUGCCGUUCGGAGCUGGACCCCGAAUAUGCAUCGGAAUGAAAUUUGCCAUGAUGGAAAUGAAAUUCUUACUCUUUCAAUUCUUCAGAGCCUAUACUAUUUCAACAACUGAAAAUACUGAAAAUCCACUUACUCUAUCAGAUGGCGCUACAACAACUCCAACAAACGGCGUUCACCUGAAGAUAUCUGUUCGCCACUAGAAGUAGAAAUAUAUAAAGAAAUGUCGUUGAGUUGAACAGAAGUUAUUGAACCGACUGCACCUUUAACAAUUGAAUACGUAAUAUAUACGUAAUCAUUGUAAUUCAUGUUUUCUUUCAAUUAAACUAUAAUGAAUAGAGAAAUUAGGUUGAGGGUUAACACCCCUUCACCCCUUUCAAUACUCUAUACUGUAUAUAGCCACCGACCAAUUAGUGCUUUAAAUGCUCUCCUCCUUUAGAAUUUAAUAAAGAGAAUAUACAACAUAUUCUAUUAUAUUUAUCCUAUUUAUUAAACGAUACUCGUUCUCUUUUGGCAAAGGAAA